AUGAGCAACUUAUCAAAAUUCGGAUUGAAGCCUUCUAACCCUCCCGGAAUUCUUGGGGAUAGUGCUGCUGACUACAACCUCAGUCAAGCCGUCUUUAUUCCAGCUGGUAAGGGCACUGUGGAAACCUCUGGCCAGGUAGGUUUCGAUGAGGAGGGAAAUAUCCCAUCUGACCUGAAGACUGAGAUCUUCAAUGCUUUCAAAAACGUGGACACUGUUCUCAAGAAUGCCGGCGUCGUGGACGGUUUCAAAUCGGUCUACCAUAUCAACACUUACCACACCAUUUUUACAGAGGAAAGUGCAUCCCAUAUUGCUGCAGCGGUCGAACAUUAUCUUGGUGAUGAAAAACCUACGUGGACCGGUGUGAAGAUUUCAGAGUUGGCCGAAAAGAGUGCCCACCUUGAGAUUGAAGUGAGGGCUGUUGUCAAAUAA